AUGCCCCCGAAACCGCGUCCUAAGGCUCGUCCUGUGGCCCGUAAUGUCUCUUCAAACACCUCUGCGACAAGUAACGGCGAAUCAUCUACGUCUCGUCGAACCCCCGCGGAGAAGAGCGCGCGCGAGAAAGAGCUGGAUCAGGACGAUGCGUUUUUCUUGAGGAACAGGAAUAUAGACUGGAAGAAGAUUGAUCGGCACGAACGAGAGGUUUCGGCGCAACCGCCCGCGAGCUCUGAUCCUGAAGACAGCGAUGCCUCACCUCCCGCUCGCAAACGGCACAAGACGGGGAAGAACAAGGGGAAGGACGUUCUACCAGAGUGGACGAAGAAUGGGGUCAUCGAGCUCGACUCUUCUUCGGACGAAGAACGCGGCGCCAAGGCGAAGGGGACCAAGGCUACCAAGAACGGACGCGACGACAUCAGUCCUGCAGGAUCACAAAACAACAAGCGUCCCCGAAGCCGCUCACGGUCUCUGACGCCUCCGCCACAGCUCAGCCAAGCGCAAAUUCAGAAUGCGCGAUUAGCUGUAAGACGAGCACUGGCUGAUACUGUUCGCGCUCCAUCACCCACCGCCGACGACUGGGAAGGAGAACAGUCGCAGGAUACUAUCGUGCUCGACCCAGAACUCGCCGCAAUACAAGAACGUGUACGCUCGAGCCAGUUCUUACAAGGAGAGCGAUCCAACGGCCGGGGCGGUGGUCCCGAGAUCGUUAUGCUCAAGGUCAAGUGGAAGCCGCAUCCACAAGAUCCAGACGGAGAGGAGGAUACGGUUCAGUACAAGUACAGACGGCGCGAUAACUUCAGCGUACUCUUCAACGAGAUUGCGGACAGUCACGAAGUCCCCAUAGCCAGCCUCGUCGUGACCUUCGAGGGACUACGCGUAUUCUCCUCUUCGACUCCGGACAGCUUGAAAGUCUGGGCGGAAGCUGAGAUGGAGGCUUGCGACAAGGUCACCUUUGACUUCCUCCGCGCUCAGCGCCUCCAGCGUUCUCAAGCGCCCACAUCCUCUGGUCAACCUUCAGGUUCUCAACCGAAGUCCGGAGCCAAGUCCGGCGGCGGAGACUCCGACAGCGAGACCGAAGUCGAAUCCAGCGCCGAAGACGACGACACAUUCAAACUGACCAUCCGAAGCGGCACGGGCGUCAAAGACGUGACCUUGACUGUACGCCCGAGUACGACAUGCGGUGCCAUCGUCAAGGCCUUCUUGAAGCGCGCGGGUCUGGCGGAUAAGUACGAGGAGGGGAAGAGUAGGAGGAAGAGUACGGCUGGUGGGCCUAGGCUGAUUGUUGAUGGGGACAAGAUGGACCCCGCGGCGCCGAUUAGUGAGGCGGAUUUGGAGGACGGGGAUCUGGUUGAGAUUGCUGGGCUUUCGUGA